AUGUAUUCCUGCGAGAAAGUGGAUUUUAACAUCACCCCCCGCACCGUCGCCCGUCUGGUGUAUGAGGCCGAACACGAAAAAACCAAUGGGGGCCAUUCGUCCAAUGGGAGGUUUACACUGUAUUUACACUGUACCACUGUGAAGGAACCUGGACUGCUGACAUUUGUCUUCAGGACAGCAGUAAUAUACAAAGGUUUGCUGAUGAUGUCUGUGACACCAUCUCCUGAGAUCACCAUGGCUGAGCCCAUUUCCAUUCCAACUUUGAAUGUUCUCCCUCCAUCUUCCGAUACGGAGUCGUGGUCCUGCCCCCCAAGCCCCCGGCGACACCGGUACCGCUCACGCAGCCGAACCCGGGAGAGGAGGAGAGGCAAGGUGCAGCAAGAAGACAAAUCGAAGAACCAUUGGGAUAAAGGAAAAGAGAUGAGGGAUAGAAGUCAAAGUCCUUUACAUCCAUCUCCAAUUUUCUCCAGUGUAGAAGAGGAAGAGCUGGGCAGCCCACCUUUUCUUCUCUUACCCCCAUCCCGCUCAUGCUCAAGGAGCUCCUCUCUAACCAGACGGUCUCGCUGGUCUUUCCGUAGCUUUCUCAACAAGGACUCAGACUGUGACGGCAGCAGUACAGCCAGUAACUCUCCACGCAGCACUCCCGGUAACUCGCCCUCCCUACGCCGGCGCGUUCUGGGAAACAGAUCCAGCGAAGGGGAGGUGGGCAGAGACAGAAGCGGUGGGGGUUCUGACAGCCCUCUUCCUACUACCCCCUCCUCCUCUACCUCCUCCUACCCGCUCACAGCUCGACAUUUCACCCGCAAUGCCAAGAAAAUGCAAAGCUGGUAUAAUGUACUGAGCCCCACAUACAAACAGAGGAACGAAGACUUCCGCAAACUCUUUAAAAAGCUGCCUGAUACAGAGCGUCUCAUUGUGGACUACUCGUGUGCACUGCAGAAAGACAUACUGCUCCAGGGCCGUCUCUACCUUUCUGAAAACUGGCUCUGCUUCUACAGUAAUAUAUUCCGAUGGGAGACCACGAUAACCAUACUGCUGAAAGAUGUGACAAGUCUGACCAAGGAGAAAACGGCCAAGCUCAUCCCUAACGCCGUCCAGAUAAGCACUGAACACGAUAAGCACUUCUUCACAUCAUUUGGGGCGAGGGAUCGCAGCUACAUGAUGAUCUUCAGACUAUGGCAAAAUGCAUUGAUGGAUAAGACUCUAUCGCCGAAGGAGCUGUGGCACAUUGUUCACCAGUGUUAUGGCACAGAGCUGGGGCUCACUAGUGAGGAUGAUGACUACGUCUCCCCUACUACUGGACUUAUGAACGGCCUACUUCCGUGUGAGGAGUCGGUCUCCGUCACUGACCUGCUGGAUCUGGGUUCAGUGCCGGGGGCUCCCGUGAGCUGCUCCCCUUCAUCUGCCUCCAUUCUUCCCUGUGCUUCAGGAUCUUCGCCACCAUCCUCCUCAUCCUCUUCCUGUCAGCCUGUGGAAGUGUUGUCUACUCGGGCCAGUGUAGAACCUGAGCCCAGUCCACCCAUCUUCCAAAGCUCAUUACCCCCCAACACACACUCCAUACACACUGGAGCUACCCCAUCCUUAACCAUCAUGGAGGAAGGAAUGGACAGCCAGUCAGAAUCAGCCAAUCAGGCACUUCAGUCCCCUCCCAGUGUCCCGCACAGCCUAGGAAACCUCUCCUCAUUGGAUAUGACUAAUGAUGAGGAGCUCCCAACUGACUCCAGCAAUUCAUCAGACACUCAGGAAGAGAGUGAGGUUGAGUCCUUCUGUGCAGACCUCAGCGGCCGAUUGCAUAUCAACACAGUUGUUCGCAUGAGCGUGGAUAAGCUCCAUGACCUUCUGUUCUCAGACACUCACUUCAUACAACACCUCUUCUCCCAACGCCACUUUACCGAUCUGUCUGUACAUGAGUGGCAGCAGGACAGCAGCAGUGGAAGCAGCAGUAGAGUUCUGAGUUACACCAUCGCCAUCAACAACCCGCUGGGCCCAAAAACUGCUCCUGUGGUGGAAACACAGACUCUCCACAAGAACAACACACGGGGCGAGUGCUACGUGGUGGACUCAGAGGUCAUAACAUCAGGCAUCCCCUACCAGGACUAUUUCUACACUGUACACAGAUACUGCCUCACCUCUGUUAACAAUUACAAGAGUCGGCUCAGGGUCUCAUCAAAUAUCUGCUACAGGAAGCAGCCGUGGAGUCUUGUGAAAGCUCUGAUAGAGAAGAACACUUGGAGUGGGAUAGAAGAGUAUUACAGACACAUGGAAAUGGAGGUGUGUAAGUUGGAGACGCUGCUACAGACAGAGGUUUCCGUGGUGAGUACUGGGGAAGUGCUGUCCGCAGACUCCGCCAAGACACCCCCGACCCUGCGCAGACGCAAACGCAACUGCCCCCGACGAGCAGGAGACCGGGAGAGAGAGAGGGAGGGUCCCGGAGGAGGAGGCGGGGAACGAGGAGACAGAGGAAUUGGUGAGGAGCGCGAAAGGAGAGAAGCGAGUGCUCCGUAUGUAAAACAGAGGUGGCGAGGAGCCAGCAGUAACAACAGCAUAUCCACCAUACUGCUCAUCGUGAGCUUCAUUCUGGUUGUUCUAGUGGCUCUGAACAUGAUGCUGUUCUACAAACUCUGGGCACUCGAGCGGGCCGCACACACACUGGAGACCUGGCACUCCUACUCUUUAACUGACAGCCCUCUGCCUCAGUCUGCAGGAGAGUGGGCGCAGGUACUGCAGCUCCAGAAGCAGUUCCACCAGGCCCAGAUGAACAAAUGGCAGCAGAUUUUAGAAUCUUCUGUCACACUUCUGGAUCAGAUGAAACAGUCUUUAGAGAAGCUUCAUAGAGGAAUAGUCACCCCAGAGACACAGCAGGAGUCCGAUCCAGCACCAGAAACACUGACGGAUCCGUGAGAUUCCACUUAGCCUCUGUACGGUAACCCCCUCACAGAACUGCUUACAGCCGG